AUGAGAUUUACACCAUAUCAUGAAUUCGUAGAGGGUGGUACCGAUACCGAUAUCGCCAAGGGAGAUGCCGAAUUCGGCCGUCCAACCAAGUGUUUCUUGACCAACUAUUGUGACCUCAACAAGUCCUGGUAUGAAGGAGGAAGAGUCCUUUCCGAAUUCAAGUGCAAGUUGACCAACACUGGUCCAUUUGCCAUCGACCACGCAAGUAUUUAUCUCACUGGUGACUACAUCAAGGAGUUGAAUGGUCUCCAAACAAACAACAACGGUUUGUCUUGGGACCUGUUACCAAAGGCCUCUUUGGCCUCUGGUGACCAAUACUCUUGGAGUUACAAGAUCUUUGGUACCCACCCAUUGAUCAUUGACACCUGUUCCACCCCAAUCCCACCAAACCCAACCACCCACCACUCAUCAUCCUCAUCUUCAUCUUCAUCUUCAUCAUCGACCACCACUUCAUCCACAUCGUCAUCAACCGGCAGCUCUGGUACCUCUACCACUGGCGGUUGUAACCUCUCCAACGACUGUCAAAAGGACAAGUCAUGGACUGAUAACGAUCGUGUCUACACCCAAUACAAGUGUUCCAUCACCAACAUGGGUAACACUCCAGUAUCUCACGCCAACAUCAAGAUCACCAACAACCAAAACCUCGUCCAAAUCUCUGAACUCACUACCAACGAUCAUGGUGUCUCAUGGGACUUCAUGAACUGGAGAGAACAAACCCCACUCGCCGCUGGUCAAAAGCAUGGUUAUAACUACAUCGUCUUAGGAACUGAGCCAGUCACCAUCUCUGUCUGUCAAGGAUCUACCUCUGGUUCAUCUACCUCUGGUUCAUCUACCACCACCACCACCACUGGAUCAUCUGGAUCAUCAUCAACUGGUUCAUCUGGAGGUUGUCUCUGCCCAUGUGCCUGUAACACUGCUGGUAUCACUGCCGGUUCAACUUCUGGAUCAUCUGGAUCAUCUUCAACCACUGGUGGUAACACCAACUCAUCUUGUACUGCUGCCUACACCCAAAAGAAGGAUAACACCUGGACUGACGGUGGUAAGAAGUACUCUCAAUUCAGCGUCACCAUCAAGAACACUGGUACCGCCACCCUCUUCUCUGCCAUCACCUACACUGAAGCCCCAUUGAUCAACUUCUGGGGUGCCGUCAAGGUUGAAAACUUCAACUACGAAAUGGGUUCAACUGCCACCACUGCUGGUGUCCUCGCUGGUGCCACUCAUACCUGGGGUUACGUCGUCGAAGGAGAAACUGAAGCCCGUCUCAACAUCGUCUCCAACGCUUGUUUCAAGAAGAACUAA